AUGUUACCUGUGGCGCCCAACGAUACCCUGGCCGGAGUGUGCAGCGAGGACACUCCGAUGCACUGCAUCGGCUGGACGGUGUCUAUUUCCCUCAUACUCGGCAUUAUCGGUGUUGUGACAGUGGUCGGAAAUAUUUUAGUGAUUGCUGCAUAUUGCAGGGAUAUUCGCAUAAGGUCGUGUGUUUCCAACAUGUUUAUAUUGAAUUUGUCCAUCAGUGAUUUGAUUGUGGGAGCGGUGUCUUUGCCUAUGAAUUCUGUGGCACUUGUCCUGGGCCGAUGGCCCUUUGGAAAAAUCCCAUGCCAGUUGUGGAUCGCUUUGGACUACUCUGCGGUCAACGUUGGCGUGAACAUGAUAAUUUUCAUCAGGCUCGACCGAUACUGGUUGGUUACCAAGAAACUUUCUUACAAUACAUUUCAGACGCGUAAACGCGCUGCUACUAUGAUUACGAUUGCAUGGAUUAGCAAUGUGUUGUUUUUCACCUUGGUCACAUUUACUUGGGGCCCGUUGGUGGGCGUCUAUAGAAUAGAUUACGACCAUGAAUGUGACAUUGAAUCUGUUGACAGUGUUCUUUUUUCAGUAUUUGAAAUUUUGGCCGAGUUUGUCAUUCCAGUGUCGCUCAUUCUAUACCUGAAUGCCGCUGUUUACAUCAACAUCAAGCGCAGAUCCCUUGGCUUGUGUCAAAAGGCAAACAUGCCUGCUGAGUUUCCAAAGCCCGCCGAGGGCGCCAGUGGUGAUAACUGUGCGGGCAAUGAAAGACGCAUAGAAUUAACUGCCAAAAGACAACAACAUGACAUGGCUCAGUCAUUGCCUCCAGUAAUGUCAGCUAGCGAGGGAAUAACAGAAACUCCGGAGCGGGGGGCUUGUGUCAGUGUGGGAUUUGACGAGCAAUCCAGGGAUACCGAUUCUCAGAUCGAAACUGCCAUAGUCGACAGGAAAGCUGACGAAACGGAAAGCAACGCCCAACCUUCAAAACCCGAGAACAGACUUCAGCCUUCAGGACAACAUCGAACUAGUCAGCUCAGAGAGUUCAGACGUCACCGUAAAGCAGCAAUCACCUUAUCAGUACUCGUUGGCGUGGCAAUAUCAGUAUGGCUGCCUUUCUAUGUCACGUCACUAAUUUCAUCUGUCUGUCACGACUGCGUCUCCAAUGUUGUCUGGAACGUGGUCAUUUAUCUACUGUGGUGUAAUUCCACAUUAAACCCAUUCAUCUAUGCACUCUUGGUGGUGCGUUUCCGAGAGAACAUAAUACACUUUUUGUGUCUAAGAGCUUGCAGGAACCGCAAUGGUCGAAAGUGA